GUUCAAUACAACUCUAACUUUGUCAUACAUCGAGAGAUAUUGAAGGCACAUGGCACAAUUGCUCACCAGAAUUAUUUGACGCGUCGUUCGCAUGACCCUGGGAGGGAUUUCACAAACGCCCAUAAGUAAGUUAGACUGUUUGAGAUUAAAAUUCAGGUGUUUCCCGAGAAAAGGUCACAUAAUGACGGAUUGUAUAAUACCUUUAAAAGUAUAUGCAAGGUAGACAUGCAACCUUUAUCGACCAAUUUUAAAAUCUUUAGAAUAGUUCAAUGUUGUUUAAUACAUGGAAAUACAAUUAAUUAAUUCCGAGGGUUACCGAUUAAUUUAUUCACCGAGAGUUACCGAGGUUGGCUGAGUAAAUAUCAGGCACUUGUAUUUUAAAUUUACAGCAGAACUUGCUCAAUGUUUUCUCAAAUUAUUCAAAAAUUUAUUUUGAUUUAGAGAUUGUUUUGAUCAUGUGAUUCUCCACAGCUGCUAAUAAAAAAUCUGUAUCAGUUUUGGUGUGAAAAACUAUGGUGCCCGAAAAGUGGCAAGUGAAACUUUUUUAUUUCGUUUUUACGAAAUAACAUUUCUUUUUUACGUAAUAACAUUUCGUAAAAACGAAAUAAAAAAGUUUCACAUAUGUCACUUUACGGAUACCGUACAAAACAAUAGAUUGAAUGAGUAUACAUUAUUAAAUGAUUAUUAUUAUACCAUGAACUAAACAUGAAUGGAUGGAAAAAAGGUGCGACCUAAAAAUAUGAUAUGAAUAUUAAAGGCUUCGUGAGUAUGCAUUCAUUUACUGUUCUUUAAAUUCUAAACACACACAGUUUGAUUGACACAUUGUAUCUUGUUCUAUUAAAACUAUACCCAUAAGUAAAGUAUGUUCCUUUUAGCAUACUAAAUGUUGUGACUUGUGUUGUACUUUUAUAUUUUAUCAAAAAUUAACAAUUUUCUAAACAAUAAUGAAGAAAUUGCGCGUUGAGGACAUAGAUGUUGAUGAUAUUUGGAGAGCACUCGGACCUCUAGGAAAAUAUCAGUGUAAAUAUUUGUUAUCGUUCCUGUUUAUACUGGUUUCAUGGGCGAUACAUCAACUUACUAUCGUGUUUAUAGGAUACCGACCUAGUUUUCACUGUAAGGCUUCUUCUAAUGACACUCUUGUGACAAACAUCACAAAUGAGGAGAAGGUGUAUAAAGAAUGUGAAAUAAUUACAUAUGAGAACACGUCCAACGGUAUGGUUAAGUCGUCGGCGUCGUGUAUUAACGGCUGGGAAUACGAUAUUUCUGUGGAUCAGUCAUUCGUCACAGAGUGGGAUUUCGUUUGUGAAAACGCAGAACUCGCCGAGCUAACACAGACGUUGAUGUUCAUAGGCAUGAUGAUUGGCAACUUUAUCUUUCCAACGAUUUCUGAUCGUGUAGGAAGAAAGCCGGUGUUAGUUUUGAGUCAUAUCGCCGUAUUUGGAACAGUGCUUGGUACAGCUUUCAGUGCGAACUAUGUUGUGUUUGUUGUGUUAAGAAUACUUACUGGGUUUCUUACACAGGGAUUGCUAGCUGGAACGUCACUGUCUCUAGAAAAUUUGCCGGCAGAAAUUCGUCAUUACUCUGAGGUAUUUGCAUUGUUUAUAUGGACCAGUGGUAUAGUCUUAAUGGCUCCAAUUGCCUACGCACUGAGGAAAGUACCAUGGCGAUAUCUGCAGAUUGCCUAUGCUUUAAUGAGUGCAACUUCAUUAUUUCAGUGGUGGAUCACGGAUGAGUCUUUACGAUGGGUUCUUGCCAACGGAAAAGUUGAAAAAGCUAAAGAAUUAAUAAAGAAGGCUUGCAAAUUGAAUAAUAAAAGCUACGAAGAGGUGUUAUCAGCAGUAGGACUUGGUCAUAUAGAAAGCGAUUCUCCAGAAGGUGAUGCAACUGAAGCGGAUCAAAUGAUAACUGAUACAUAUUACACUACCGGAAGUGAAGAUAUAGAUAAAAAUGGCGCUGUAGAAAACGGGAACAUAGAUUUGAAAAUUGAAGCUCAAAGUUACAACCUGCUUGAUAUUAUGAAGAACAUAUCUGUUCUAAAAAUAUCCUUGAUAAUAUGGUACAUAUGGGUGUGUGACAGUCUUGUGUAUUACGGCUUAUUCAUGAUAUCAUCCGACCUGUAUGGAGACAGAUAUCUCAACUUCUUCCUCAGUGCAGUGAUCGAGUACCCAGCUUGUCUCUUUGAAUUCAUCUGCCUUGCAAGGAUCGGAAGAAAAUGGACAUGUCUGAUUUGUCACUUUGUGGCAGCAGUCGCUCUUGUUGUUGCUACAGCGUUAACAUACACUGCAGGAAACAGCGCCAGCUUGUUAGCUACUGGAACGGCCUUCACCCUUAUAGGAAAGAUGGGUAUUACUGGAGCAUUUAGUACAGUGUAUCUAAUGACACCAGAACUCUAUCCUACUAACGUUAGAACCACCGGUCUUGGUGUCGCUUCCAUCAUGGGCAAAAUUGGGGCCAUGAUUGCUCCAUUUUCAAGAAACAUAUCUCAUUCGAUUAAAUGGUUACCAGCUUGUAUCUACGCUGUGAUGUGCAUAGUAACUGUUGUCCUGCUUGCUUUUGUGCCGGAAACCAACGGUGUGGAACUUCCGCAGACAAUGGAAGAGCUGGCAGAAUGGUACCGCGGAAAUAAGUUCGAAAUGAAGAUUGGCAAAAAUGUUCAUGUAGACCAAAGUGGAAAAGAAAAGAAAAAAGAAAUUGAUUAAAAAUAAACAAAGGCAAAUAAUUUUGUUUAUUCAGACUGAAUAAUUCUUUCAUAACUCAGAACUUCAAGAACACUACACUAGUCACUUUACUUCGAUAAAGAUAAUUUAUUUAUCAAUGCUGCGAAUAUAAUUAAGUAUUUUAACCGUUUUACCCAAUGAAAAUUGGUAAUAUUUGUGAUGCACUUCUUAUUUGGCCAUAUGAUAGAAAAAAGAAAAAAAAGCUGCAGCUGUUAGAGUUUUCAUGGAAACCUACGUUGUAUUAGUUUUUCAAUGCUUCGUAAAUGU